UGCAAUGAUAACAGAAGGCCGAGAGAGCGGGCCGACUGGCCUAGGCUCGAGCAAUAACUACGUGUUGUCGACUCUAUCGCUCAGCGGCGCAAGGGUUGAGCACGGAGGUCGGUACGAGUGCCGAGCAACCAACUCCCAUGGCAGUGUAGCUCAUGCUGCGAGACUCAAUGUUUAUGGUUCCCCUUACAUCCGGGCUAUGAAUCUCGUGAAGGCUGUGGCCGGGUCUGAAGUCACAGUCUGGUGCCCUUACUAUGGAUUUCCAAUAAAGUCUGUCAAAUGGGAGGGCGGCGUGGGAACUGAUCCUAGAUACCAGCAGCUCGACGGCCAACUGACCAUUUCCAACGUGGAUCGGAAUCGGGAUAGAGGCACCUGGACUUGCUCAGUACUCACUCCUGGAGGUGAACUGGCGAAAAGAGAGGUGCAAAUAACAGUGGUAUCCCCACCAGUUAUAUCACCACUGGUGUUCCCUCCUGGAUUGCGAGCUGGUGACCGGGCACAGCUGACUUGCAGUGUGACCUCUGGGGACAUGCCGGUCUACUUCUCUUGGCUGAAAGACCAAAUGCCUAUAUCAAGUGUAUUACAGGUUGAUGAAAGAGGAGCGGAGUUUUACAGCAUGCUCAUAUUCAAAAGUUUGACAGCUGCACACAGCGGGGUCUACACCUGCGUGGUGACUAACACAGCUGGAAAAGCUAACACUUCUGCUGAAUUAGCUAUUAAAGUGCCUCCAUAUUGGCAAAUCGAGCCAUCUGAUGCGGCCGUGCUCUUGAAUGGUUCGCUGACUGUGAGCUGCGAAGCAAAGGGACAUCCGUCGCCUGCUAUUUACUGGACUAAAUUUGCAGGAUCAACAGAGACAACCCUUGGUGGCGUGUCAGACCCAGUGGUUCUGACCAACGGUUCACUGCGGUUGGAAGCGGCAAGGGCCGAACAUUCUGGAAAGUAUCGGUGUCGGGCUGAUAACGGAGUGGCGCCUGCCUUGUCUAAGACAUUGACUAUACAUGUCAAUGAACCAGCACGAUUCGAGACACCAUCAGCUAAUGUGACAGCCAAACUUGGGGAGACCAUCCGCUUGGUGUGUGUGGCGAGGGGAGACAGUCCGCUCUCUACCGCUUGGAGUCACUCGGGCAGGGCGUUGCCUAACUCGGAUUAUAGGAUGAGUAUAUCAGAAACCCGUAGUGCAGAGGGUCUGCGAAGUGAGCUGGUGAUAGAGAGAGCUGACAGGAGGGACUCCGGAGUGUACCGCUGUCAAGCCUCCAACCCCUUUGGGAGGUCCGACCAUUUUGUGCAUCUUGCUGUUCAAGAGCCACCCGAACCUCCGACAAACUUCCGCGUGGUCGAGUCGACAUCUCGUUCGGUGCGAUUGCAAUGGCGGCGGCCGUACGAUGGCAACUCCCCAGUGCUGGGCUAUGUGGUACAGUACCGGAGACACGAUGCCAAUGGACCAGACUCCUGGAGAGACGCUGAUACUCAUAAUGUAUCAGUUUCACCGCAUUCUAUGGACUCCUACUCAGAGACCGAAGAAGCAACAAUAUCUGGUUUGGAGCCCGCCACAGCCUAUUUAGUACGAGCCAGAACAGUAACAGCUCAAUUUGCUUCAGCUCAUACCAGGGCAUUGUUAGCUUUGACUCUUCACGAGCCACCAGCAAGAGCUCCCAUUAGUCUUCGUGCUUCUGCGCCUAGACCAUCGACUAUUGAACUGGCUUGGCAGGCCCCUCCAUCGUCAUCGUGGAACGGAGAGCUCCUUGGUUACACCGUUUGGUGGUGGCCGUCUGCUGAUGGCUCGCUGUCCGGGGGAUCCAACAUCGGUAUGGAGUUUUCCACUGUCAGGGGAUUGAUCAACAAGUAUACGAUAGAAGGAUUAGAACAUUAUACGAGGUACUCCGUUAGUGUGAGGGCGUUCAACAGUGCAGGUGCAGGUCCUGCAACAGCCCCCGUCAAUACUUUGACGCAAGAGAGUGUACCAUCCGAUGGUCCUAGAGCCGUGAGAUGCCGCGCCGUGUCACCGCAGAGUCUGAAGGUGGAGUGGUCGCCUCCACCGGCGCAUGCGCACCAUGGCGCACUACUGGGAUACAAACUAUUGUAUCGCCCACAACAUACGACAGACUGGCUGGAGUGGGAAGUCCGAGUUGGCAGUGGUCCAAGCACAGGACUAGGAGCGGAAGUCAAACGUGUAGCGGGAGUAGAAACCUUACUUCUUGCGCUUAGACCACACACCAAUUACACGGUGCAAGCUCUAGCGUAUACUGCCGCCGGGGACGGAGUACCCGCUCAUUCUAUACAUUGUACCACACAACAGGAUGUACCAGGCCCACCUGCUGCAGUAAAAGUGGUAGCAACAUCCGUAACUUCACUCGCUGUGAGCUGGCUUCCACCGAGUAGACCUAAUGGACCAAUUUUAUACUAUACAGUAUUUUAUAGAGAAUUGGGAAGAGAUAGGCCACCACAAACGACUACAGUUCAAGCCGAAGAUGGAGAUGCUUUAGUAGGUCUCGGUGGAUCAACAGAGUUGAGAUCUUUGGCUGAAGGAGCUACAUACGAGGCAUGGGUUGCUGCACAUUCGGCAGCUGGUGAAGGGGAACCUUCGGCUCCUCAGCCGGCUACUACUACGCAACGAGCGGGUGCAAGACUUUUGUCAUUCGGCGUAUGGGCUCGAGUACAGUGCGGUCACUCAUUGAGACUGGCUUGUGUCUCUCGCGGUGAACCAACACCAAGGUCGCGUUGGCUAAGAGGAGAUAGAGCCGUUACACACGACCCUCGAACUCAUCUCACACCCCAUGGACACCUAGCCAUUUACGAAGUUGACGCCUCAACAAGCGGUAAUUACACCUGCUCCGCGCGUAACGCGUUUGGUUCUGAAGAAGUGACGUACCGAGUUGAGUGCGCCGCGCCCCCUUCCGCCCCUGCUCUAAACUUAGACCACGCGUCGCAUAAAGAAGCGAGACUGACGUGGCGUAUCACGCACCAUCCUGCUGCACCUCCUAAUGGUUUCACAAUCUGGUGGGUUCGGGUACGAGACGAUUCCGGCGAAGGUAUAGAGCCAGCAAGCACAAGAGGUGAAGAAGAAAAGAGAUUGGAAGCUGGGGGAGAAGCAACUAGCAUUGUUCUUAGGGCUCUAUCGUGUGGAGUCACAUAUUCAGUCAGAGCUAUUGCUCAUUCCAGAGCUGGACCUUCGCCGCCAUCCGUGCCUCUUCUAGUUAGAACGAAGCCACCAGUAUUGGUAUGGGAAGGAGGAGGGGAGCCCGAUAUUCAGGAAGAAGGUGCAGAGGCGGCGGUGUGGAGCAACAGUAGUGCGUUGGCUGUAGAUGCACGAAGAGCGGUGCGGUGUGGCGCUCGACUGGUCAGGCUGCAGUGGAGACGGGCCGACACGGGGGGAUCUGCGACCUGGAGGGACGCUGACCUGACGUCGCUGCAUCAUCAUCGAGAGGUGGUCAUUGGAGGGUUGACGGCGGGAGCAUGGUACGGUCUGCGUUUGUGGACAGCCACAGAAUCCAGCCGGCAUCAAGCUAUUUUGUAUGCAGCUACUACUACACAUUCUGGGGAACGCCUUCGAAGACCCGUGGCCUUCCAAUCGGAAGGUGGGCCGGUGAUAUCCACUGGAAGCUCUGCGGAUACUGAGAAUGUUCUAGGGGCAGUAUCAGUCGCUUUUGCAGCCCUUGCCACUUUGGCGGUCACUGCUCUCAUCCUCGUGUUACUAGCCAAAAGAAGCACACUAUUUCCUUGCGGAGGUCCGCCUGACGAGGAAACCCGCCGCUGCAGCCACUCGGUGGCCAGCACGGACAAGUCCGUCUGUCCAGAGCAGCAAAAUAUGAGGAACUGUCAGCACGACUACAAACACGACAAGUUGUCGCCUGCUUCUGACGUAUAUGAAAUAAGUCCGUACGCGACAUUCGCUGUGGGAGGAGAGACGACCGCCGCUACCUUGGACCACACGCUUCAGUUCAGAACAUUCGGACACCGCGACAACGACGCGCCGCCGCACCGCCCUUGUAGGAAACAUCCGCAGAGGCACCGCGAGAGAGCUGACGUGGAGAAACAUCAUUCUGACUGCGAGCUCCAACAGCUCAGUCGUUAUGAGAAGGUGCGCCCGCGCCAUUGCGCUGGCACUUCAUACUGCGUGCCGCUCGCACAUCAUGGUGGUGGGAGCAGCAGCGCCGGCGGGGGAGGCAGCGGGGGCGGAUUCUCCGAGGUGUACGCCGGAGACUCCAGCGCAGAGUCCGGCCCUGGCUCGCUGUCCCCGCGGACACACCACGAACACAGCUAG